AGUUGGACGCCUCUGCGAGCAGGGGCCCUUCAGAAAGAUUUCCGAUUUCAAAAGGACUUAUACCAUUAUCCUGUGAUUCAAAAAUAAGCUUCUCGCCCCGAUCUUAACCAGCCGUGGUAAUCCAUAUACUCCGUUGUUUACACUUGCCCACUUUAUUGGGGGAAACUCCGCCCCGUUGCGCAAUUGGAGUGUGAGAAACUAUCUGGAGGCAUGCUGAUUAGCUUGGCUGGUUCGGGGUCAUCCGCAGAUCAGCUCAGACUUAACUCACAUCCCAUCCACAGCUACAAACUUAAAUGGCCAGCCAUAUGUGGAGCAUUUUCUUGGGAGUUCUGGUGCUGGAGCAGCUACUCGCUGGAUCGCAGGCGGCCAAUCUGUCUCAACUGGUGAAGAAGCAAGGCCAGCAGAAGCCACUGGUGGUGCCAUCCCCGCAGCCAGGUCAGCAGACAAGAAGUCAGCAUCAGGAGCAGCAGCAGUAUGUCCAGGACACGGAACAACAGGAGCUGAAGGUAGAGGACGAAGACGAGCAUGAUCCGUAUCAGAUGUUGCAGGAACCUAAGCAGGAGUCCAGACUGCCCACGUCAGCGAAUUAUCCGUGGAGUCCGUAUGCCGCAGCGCCAGGGAUUCCGGCUAAUCCGUACGAGCCCAUGCCCAAGAUGCUGCCCUUUAUUGGAUACGCCCAGCCGGUGCUGAUACCCUUCCCCCUCUACCUGGCUCCCGACAUGUUCUACCCCGCAUUCCCGGGCGCCAGCAACGACCUCGAAGACGUGGUCAUGUCCAGAGCGGCGGGCGGACGUCGGCCCCCGGCCAGUCACUCCUCGGCUGCCCGCAAUUCGCCCAUCUACCACGUCCGGCUGCCGCCCACGCCGUACAUGUUCCUGCCCAACAUGCCGACCUCUCCGUUCGGCGGAGGAUUCUCCCCGCUCCUCACAUACCAGCCGAUGCCCUCGUUCUCCGCCUUCGGAUCCGUCUUCAAUCUACCAGUAAACUUCCUGGCGAAUGGAAAGCCCUCUGGGAUCUACCAGGUCAAUGGUUCGCCCUCUGAGGGCUUGGGACACCUUCCUCCCAGCUUGGGAAGCGGCGGGGGAUACGGAAUGAGGCCACCAACUCCAAGUAACCCUUACAGGCCUAUGUCCGGGUCCUCUUCCAUGGGCGGCUAUGGAGGAUCCACGCAGGGCUUCGGCCUGGCCUCGAUGCCGGCUCCGCAGCAUGACUCCAAGCUCACGUCCCUGAAACGUCCCUUCGUCUUCAACGGGCGUCCGGAGGACAUCUAUAUCCUGCCGAACAACCUGAGUCCGCUCUACAACGAACCGAGUUACUACUGAUCUGGCAUUGGGCUGCGGCUGCCACAGUGUGUGGCAACAACUGAAAGUAUUAUAAAAUGCAUUUAAUAGGUUCUAGUUCGAAGAAUAAUUAAAUGCAAGACUAUAACUAUUUAGAAAAUAUAAUCCUUAAUAAUUUCAAGUAAUUUAAACAAAUAUGUACUCUCUUAAGGAUUGAUUCUAAUAUUAAAGGUAUUAAAUUAUUAAAUAAAAUAGUAAAGAA